UAGCAUAAACCCUUUUUAGCACUCUAGUGUGAAAAUUGCAGAUGCUUGCAUUAAUAUUGAGUUCUUGAGGGUAGUUUUUUCAGUCAUGGGCUGCCUGAUAUAAUUAUAGGGGUGGUAGACAGAAAUUAAAAAGGCAGGGACCAUCGGAAAAUCGAUAGGUCCAAGAAGCAACAGAUAUUUAUCACUCUCCCUCUACGUUUCACUUUCAUCUAUCUAUCUAUUUUAUAAAAACAAAAUUCUAUUUUUCAGUUUUUUCAGUUCUUCGGAAGGAGGAGAAGAAGAGGGAAUAUAAAAAAGACGGGAGUUAACCGGAAAUUACGGGAUAUUAGUUAUUGUUUGGUUAUUAAUUCAUCCUAAUAAUAAAAUUGAAAAGAAGAAAAAAAAGAGAAGAGAAGAAGAAGAAAGAUUAAAGAAAAGGUUUUUACUUGUCAAUUCCCUCCUUUCUCGUCUCCGAAGAAUUUUCUCUUCCCCUUCUCUCUGUCCACCUCUCUUCUCAUUCUUUCCUUCUCUACGACUGCACAAAACAAUCUUGAUUCCUCAAUCUUCUCUUUUUUCAGAAACCCUAAGUUUUUAUUUUUGAAGACACCUGAAACUUCUGGAUCAUUAUAGACACCGAGUGAGGGAUUGGGAUUUGUUGUUGAUCUACUUCAAAUGUAUUCCAAAGGACUUUUGACUUAGACGCUUGGAAAUGAUGGGUGUCAUGCUUGGUAAUGGGUUACUUUCAGCAUAUACACUGUAGAUGGGUAGCAAAUCUCAUUCGUUUGGACCCCAAUCACACAUAGAAAUGGGAGCACUAGACGAAAGAUCAGUACUUCAAUUUGAUGAUGAGAAUCUUUCAAGUCCAUCAGUUCGCUCAAUUGAUAGAACGACAGAUUCCUUAGAUGCAUUGCACCCCAAAGCAAGUUCACAAGCUAAUUUUACAUGUAUGGGAAAUCCGGUAUUCCGGAGCUUAAAGAUCGUGAUCUUUUCGAACAAAUUAAACAUACUUAUGCCUUUUGGCCCUCUAGCAAUCCUAAUACAUUAUCUGACUGGCAAUCAUGGUUGGGUAUUUUUUCUGAGCUUAGUAGGAAUAACACCUUUGGCUGAGCGUCUGGGUUUUGCUACAGAGCAGCUAGCUUUCUUCACUGGACCUACAGUUGGGGGUCUGUUAAAUGCUACUUUUGGAAAUGCCACCGAAUUGAUAAUAUCAAUUUAUGCAUUGAAAAAUGGAAUGAUGCGCAUCGUACAACAAUCAUUACUGGGCUCAAUUUUAUCAAAUAUGUUGCUGGUGCUUGGAUGUGCGUUCUUUAGUGGUGGUGUCGUUUUCUUCAAGAAGGAACAAGUUUUUAACAAGACAGCUGCAACAGUUAACUCAGGAUUGCUCCUGAUGUCAGUUAUGGGCAUACUAUUUCCAGCUGCACUCCAUGCUACACACACUGAGGCGCAUGACGGGAAAUCAGAACUGGCGCUGUCAAGAUUCAGCAGCUGCGUAAUGCUGAUAGCUUAUGGAGCCUAUCUCGUUUUCCAGUUGUUCAGUCACAAGCGUUUAUAUGAGGGAGAAGCUGGUGAUGAUGACGACGAUGAAGUUCCUGAGAUCUCUAAAUGGGAAUGUAUAAUAUGGCUUGCAAUUUUGACAGCUUGGAUCUCUGUCCUCUCUGAAUACUUGGUCGAUGCCAUAGAGGGAGCAUCUGUUGCAUGGAAAAUGCCGAUUGCAUUCAUUAGUGUUAUCCUGCUUCCCAUUGUGGGAAAUGCUGCAGAGCAUGCAAGUGCUAUUAUAUUUGCUAUGAAAGACAAGCUAGACAUUUCUCUGGGAGUUGCCAUCGGGUCCUCAACGCAGAUAGCAAUGUUUGCGAUUCCAUUUUGCGUGAUUGUUGGCUGGAUCAUGGGGCGCCCAAUGGACCUAAAUUUCCAAGUUUUCGAGACAGCUACACUAUUUAUAACAGUCUUAGUUGUAGCCUUUUUGCUUCAGGAUGGAACUUCCAACUACUUUAAAGGGCUGAUGCUCAUUCUUUGUUAUUUCAUAGUUGCUGCCAGUUUCUAUGUACAUGUAGACCCUUCUUCAAUCGCUUCAGCUCCCCCUCACAUGGCCUCUACGCCGCCACCACCACCACCACCACCGCCGCCACAAUUAUCACAUCUCUUAAAGAUCCAAAAAAAUGAGUUUAAGAGAUCGUCAAAGACAUUUUUAGAGAGAAAGAAAUAGGUAUCUAGGAAGACAAACUGAGCUUGUGAAGAGUGACAAAGGAAUCAUCAAAGAAAUUGAAACGCCCUGAGAUAAAAUCUUCAUACGAGAAGAAUAAAUUAUUAGGCAGAAAAACUAUCUAUACAAGAAGUGAAGAUUUUGCGAAAUUAGGGUCGAUGGUGCUGUCUUGUUUGUUGUUUGUUGAUUUUACACAAUGAGUGAAUUGUCGGCAAACAAGAGCACUGUUAUUUCGUAGUCCCAUUAAAUAGGUUGCCUUUUUGUGCUUUUACGUUUUCUGAACAUUAGCUGGUCUUACCUUCGUUUUGUAGUCUGUAGUUUUGUUUGAUUUUGUAUUUUGCUUGUUGGAUGACUGUAUAUGCUGCUACUGAGGAAUUUGUAGGGAAGUUUUACAGUAAGAAUU